AAAGGACCAAAGCCAAAUGUUACUACGUUCCUUAUCCGCCGAGACAACCGUCGGAGGAGUAAUAAACAAGAACACCAUCUCCGACCUCUUCAAAAUCUCCUCUUCCCUCUCUCACCUCACCCAAACCCACGCUCAGAUCACUACCCAUGGCUUCCAAAACGACAUCCGCCUCCUCACCAAGCUCACCCAACGCCUCUCCGAGCUCGGCGCCAUUCACUACGCACACAACCUCGUCCUCUCCGUCCAUAGCCCCGACGUCUUCCUCUUCAACGUCCUCAUGGGCGGCUUCUCCAACAACGGAUCACCACACUCUUCGCUUUCUCUAUUCUCCCAUCUAAGAAAAUCAACUGAUCUCGUCCCCAAUAGCUCAACUUACACCUACGCUAUCUCCGCCGCUUCGGGAGCUCGCGACGAGAGAGCUGGCAGAGUUGUUCACGGACAAGCACUCGUUGAUGGGUUUGACUCAGAAUUACGACUUGGAUCGAAUAUCGUUAACAUGUACUUCAAGUUUUCAAGGGUGGGUGAUGCGAGGAAGGUGUUCGAUAGAAUGCCUGAGAGAGACUCUGUUUUGUGGAACACUAUGUUAUCUGGGUACGGAGAGAAUGAGAUGUACGAGGAGUCUGUUCAGGUGUUUAGGGAUUUGAUCAACGAGAGCUCUACUCGUUUUGACUCGACGACUCUGUUGAGUGUUCUUCCCGCUGUUGCGGAGUUGCAAGAGCUGAGACUCGGGAUGGUUAUCCAUAGUCUUGCGAUGAAGACAGGAUGCUACUCUCAUGAUUUUGUUCGUACAGGUUUUAUCUCGUUGUACUCGAAGUGUGGGAAGAUUGAGGUGUUGAGUACUCUGUUUCGAGAUUUUUGUAGACCAGAUAUUGUAGCUUAUAAUGCAAUGAUUCACGGGUACACUUCAAAUGACGAGACUGAGCUCUCUUUAAGCUUGUUUAAGGAGCUGGUGUUGUCAGGAACAAGGUUGAACUCAAGCACGGUGGUGAGUCUGAUCCCUGUCUCUGGUCAUCUUAUGCUUGUAUAUGCCAUUCAUGGUUACAGCUUGAAGUCAGGCUUCUUAUCUCAUGAAUCUGUGCCGACCGCGUUAACCACGGUUUACAGUAAACUGAAUGAGAUGGAAUCAGCCCGGAAGGUUUUUGAUGAGUCUCCGCAUAAGAGCUUGGCAUCUUGGAACGCAAUGAUCUCUGGUUACACUCAAAACGGGUUGACAGAGGACGCGAUAUCUUUGUUCAGAGAAAUGCAGAAGUCUGAGUUUAGUCCAAACCCGAUCACAAUAACUUGUAUUCUGUCCGCUUGUGCGCAGUUAGGAACUUUGAGUUUGGGGAAAUGGGUACAUGGUUUAGUCAGAGGUACAGAUUUUGAGUCUAGCAUAUAUGUGUCUACUGCUUUGAUUGGUAUGUAUGCAAAGUGCGGAAGCAUUGCAGAAGCGCGCCGGUUGUUUGACUUGAUGCCGAAGAGGAACGAAGUUACAUGGAACACAAUGAUUUCCGGUUAUGGCCUCCAUGGACAUGGACAGGAUGCUCUGAGUAUCUUCUCUGAGAUGUUGAACUCCGGCGUUGCACCAACGCAGGUCACUUUCCUCUGCGUUCUUUACGCUUGUAGUCAUGCUGGCCUCGUCAAAGAAGGUGAUGACAUGUUCAACUCCAUGGUCCACCGGUACGGUUUUGAACCAUCGGUCAAGCAUUACGCCUGCAUGGUCGAUAUUCUUGGCCGAGCAGGACAUUUGCAGAGAGCAUUGCAGUUUAUAGAGGCGAUGCCCGUUGAAGCGGAUCCUUCCGUGUGGCAAACACUGCUAGGAGCUUGUAGGAUUCACAAAGACACAAACCUUGCCCGUACAGUCUCCGAGAAGCUGUUUGAGCUAGAUCCAGACAAUGUAGGGUACCAUGUUUUGCUGUCGAACAUUCACUCAGCUGAUAGAAAUUAUCCACAGGCUGCUACGGUCAGACAAGCGGCAAAGAAGAGGAAAUUAACCAAGGCUCCUGGCUGUACCUUGGUAGAGAUUGGUGGGACGCCUCAUGUAUUCACCUCGGGUGAUAAGUCACAUCCCCAGGUAAAAGCAAUCUAUGAGAAGCUAGAGGAGCUGGAAGGGAAGAUGAGGGAAGCUGGGUAUCAACCCGAGACUGAGUUGGCCUUGCACGACGUGGAGGAGGAAGAAAGAGAGCUGAUGGUGAAAUUUCACAGCGAGAGGCUAGCAAUUGCCUUUGGACUCAUAGCAACUGAACCAGGAACUGAGAUCCGGAUCAUAAAGAAUCUGCGGGUCUGUUUAGACUGUCACACUGUAACUAAACUCAUCUCAGAGAUAACAGAGAGAGUGAUAGUUGUAAGAGACGCCAACCGGUUUCAUCAUUUUAGAGAUGGUGUUUGUUCUUGUGGAGAUUAUUGGUAGUCACUUGUUUUGGCCUCAACAUAAGUCAUACUGUACUCAUACUGUAACAUUACAUAACAACUGAUAAUUCUUUAA